CCCGGAAGAACAUUGUAGGCAGACACAAGGAAAAGAUAAAGAAAGUGAACUUCUGACGAAGGAUUUCUCUGAUUUACCUGAGCUAAAUCAAACCACAGACAAUGAAACUCUCUGUGAAAAGUUGUAUUUGUGUUUCGCUGUGCGUGUUUUCCGGGGUUUUGUCGGCAUUUUCUCCAGAGACGCCUCUAACUCUGAGUCUGGACGGUAAAUGGAGUCUGUCAAACUCCAACGGGUCCGUGUCUCUGUUCGCAGAGAUACCUGGAUGCGUCCAUUCAGCUCUGCAGCAGCAGGGAAUCAUCCAGGAUCCAUAUUUCAGAUUCAACGAUUUGUCUUAUCGAUGGAUUGCACUCGACAACUGGACGUACACGACAACAUUCACUUCGUCUGCCCAGAUGAGGGUCAAACAGAAGGUGCUUCUCAUCUUUGAUGGCGUGGACACUGUGGCGUCGGUGUCUCUGAACGGGAUCGUCGUGGGAAAGACGGACAACAUGUUUCGUAGAUACCACUUUUCGGUGAGAGACUCGCUGAAGGACGGCGUCAACGUGCUGAAAGUUGAUUUGCUGUCUCCGGUUGUUUACGCGUCUGAGCGAAGGAACGCUCACACGUCCUACAGAGUUCCUCCUGAGUGUCCUCCAGAUGUGCAGAAGGGGGAGUGCCACGUCAAUUUCAUCAGGAAAGAGCAGAGCUCGUUCAGUUGGGACUGGGGGCCUUCGUUCCCCACGAUGGGCCUGUGGAAAGGAGUUCGGCUGGAGGCGUUCGAUACCGUGCAUCUGCUCCAGGUUUCCUCCGUUCCACUCUACGAUUCCAGCUGCUCUCAGUGGAGGCUGCAGGUUGAGCUUCUCGUCGACACCGAUCAGAUGUUGAGUUUAGAAGUGGAGCUCUCCGUCCCCGAGCUGGACUCCGAGCAAACCUUCCAGACGGGGCUUCUCCGAGGAAAAAACCAGAACAAGUUCACCUUAUUCAUCAGCACGAGCAGCGAGGUGGAGCUGUGGUGGCCCAGGGGCUACGGUGAACAACCCUACUACAACCUGACUGUCAGAGGAUUUCAUGACGGAUUUUUAAUCCUCGACACCGAAUCUAAGGUCUAUUUCCGCACGGUGGAACUCGUCCAGGAGCCGAUCGUCGGAUCUUCGGGCCUGAGCUUUUAUUUCCGCGUCAACGGGAAACCCAUUUUCCUGAAAGGCUCCAACUGGAUCCCAGCCCACUCCUUCCAGGACCGAGUCACCCCCGCUGUCUUAAGGAACUUGUUGGAGUCGGCGGUGGACGCCAACAUGAACGCCCUCAGGGUCUGGGGGGGCGGAGUCUACGAGCAGGAUUCCUUCUACGACCUCUGUGACGAGAUGGGGAUCAUGGUGUGGCAGGACUUCAUGUUUGCCUGCGCGUUGUAUCCCACCGACGACGACUUCCUGCAGACGGUCAGAGAAGAGGUCGUCCAGCAGGUCCAGCGGCUGAAGUCUCACCCCUCUAUAAUAAUCUGGAGCGGGAACAAUGAAAACGAAGCGGCUCUGGCUACAAACUGGUUCAACAUCCCAACUUCACAGUGGCCGACGUACGACGACGACUACGUGACGCUUUAUGUGGACAACAUAAGGAAGAUUGUGCAGGAGGAGGACGAGAGUCGUCCCUUUCUCGUCUCCAGUCCGACGAACGGAGCCGAGUCGGAGCAGGAGGGAUGGGUGGCAACGAACCCCUACGACCCUCAGUACGGAGACGUUCACUUCUACAGCUACACACACGACUGCUGGGACUGGACGAGCUUCCCGCGCACGCGCUUCGCCUCCGAGUACGGUUUCCAGUCCUGGCCUUCCUUCUCCACCCUGCAGCCGGUUUCCAUCAAAGAAGACUGGAGCUACGACAGUAACUUCACCUCCCACCGUCAGCACCACGAGGGAGGGAACCGGCAGAUGCUGCUGCAGGCUGCUCUGCACUUCAACCUGCCAAACUCGACAGACGCCCUGAAAAGAUUCACAGACACUCUCUACAUCACUCAGGUGAUGCAGGCCCAGUGUGUGAAGGCUCAGACUGAGUUUUAUCGCCGGAGUCGGAGUGAAAUCAUCGGCGGCGAAGGUCACACCAUGGGCGCUCUGUACUGGCAGCUCAACGACAUUUGGCAGGCGCCGUCCUGGUCAUCCAUCGAGUUUGGUGGGAAGUGGAAAAUGCUGCAUUAUUUUGCGCAGAGCUUCUUCGCCGACGUUCUUCCUGUCGGCUUCGAGGACCGCGACACGUUUUUCAUCUACGCUGUCUCAGACCUGAUCAGGGACCUAAAGCUCAGGGCUGUGGUGACCAUCUACUCCUGGGCCGAUCCGGAUCCAGUCUGCACGCACACGUCCGACCAGUUGCUGGUGCCCGGAGGCGCCGCCGUCGCCAUUUUGAAGCAACCUGUCGCCACCAUGUUGGCCGGAUGCGGACGCUGCACCCGCCUCACCUGCCUGCUCACCUUCCACCUGGAGGACCAGAGGGGCCGCCAGCAAGGCCCCACCAACCACCACUUCCUCUGCUCACCCAAAGACGCUCAGGGGCUCCAGAGACCCAACAUCACAGCGAAGGUGCAGGAGGAUCAGGACGACUUCACGGUUACCCUCCACUCGGCCUCCGUGGCUCCGUUUGUUUGGCUCGACGUAGGAAACGUCCCGGGACGAUUCAGCUCCAACGGCUUCCUGAUGGUUUCCAGAAACCAGACGGUCAGCUUCUACGCGUGGCGUCCCACCAGCGUCGCCGAGCUCUCGGCGUCCCUCACCGUCACGUCUCUAAUGGACGUGUACUGACCCGAGAUCAGGAAGUUUCCGUGCUGAGUUCAGAAGUAACGGAUGGGCUGAAACGGUGCAGGGAUUGAUCUCUUAUUAGCAGCUAAAACCCCUUUUUAAUGUGUCCUAAAAGAAUAUUUUUUUUCCAGUACAUUGUGCCAAGAAACUAUUUUUUUAUAUUUUUUCAUAAUGCUAAUUCUGUAAAUUUCUAAUCUAAUUUUAUUUUCUUUCAGGUGUUUAUUUUUAUAUGCAACAAAGUUACGGUGACAAAGUAAUUUCCUAGUCUAAGUCUAAUACUGACUUGUCAUUUUCAGCUUUGGUUUGAGGUCUGUUGUUGCUCUGACUUCUUAGAUUUAUUUAUCCAAAUUAAAAUACGGAUAAUGAACUAAGUAAGUACUCACUCCGUCCACUGAGCUAUGGUUUGUUUGUUAACUGAAAACUACCUUUGCCUGUUUUGCACAUGUACUUGACCUCCUGAAUGUGUUGUUUCACAUGCAGAAUUGUCUAAAGAUUGUUUUUUAUAUUUGUGACAAAUCAAUUUGUACAACUUUAUUUUAAUAAAUAAACAAAACCAAACAAAGU